AUGAUUCCAAUACUUAUCUUUGCCGCGCUAGCCGGCUUCUAUUUCCUCGCCUUCUGUCGCCGGUAUGUCGUUUGUUUCGCAAGACGACAGUCCCAACGUUGGGUGGUCGUCAAGGGUCACACCUUUACCGAUCGUACGGACGAUGAGUCGACGCAACAGCCGAAGCGCAUCCAAAAGGUCCGUCGCGCAUGCUUUUUGUGUACAGGAGAGAACGUGUCGGCGCUGGCGGCUCUGGUUCUGGCGGAGCGUAAUCCGGACGUGCAGUUUGACGUCGUGGAUCGCGAUGUUCGGCGCAUUGCGGCAUGGAAUUCGGAUUGCGUCCCUGUUUCGGAGCCGGGAGUCGAUGCGUUACUGUUUGAUUAUGCUGCUGUGGAGGAGAAAGACGAGGUUCUGUACAAUGAAGAGGUACAUCGGAAGAGACGACUGGCAAAUGUGGUGUUUUCCACCGACGUGACUGGUUGUGUGGCUGCAGCCGAUAUGAUUUUUCUGGGCGAGGACACGGAUACCAACACCAUCCGGACCAUUGCCCAAGUCUCGACGAGCCACAAAGUCAUAGUCUAUAAAGGACGGGGCAAUACCAAAGCCAUUCGCCAACGGCUCGACAAAGCCACAACCGCAUCAUUCGACCUUAUCGCCAACCCCGACUUUCUUGUCACGGGCAGCAUUAUCAACAGCCUUCUACAUCCUACCCGCGUCGUUAUUGGUAGCUUGGCCGACAAGCAUUCCGCUGAAGCGGCUGCAUUGCUGAGAGAGCUAUAUUCCUGGAUUUCUCCGGAACGCAUCAUAGCCACAGACAUUUGGUCCGCAGAGUUGGGUCGAAUAGCCACAAAUGCCAUGCUUGCACAGCAAAGCGCCACCUUCCAUGCCCUGAGCUCCAUCUGCAGCCGGACUGAUGCGAGCGGACCACACGUUUCGCAAAUAGUCGCGACGGACUCGCGUCUGACAAUCCGCGCCAUUGGCGAAGCAGGAUUACUAGACGCAGAUCAAGACGGUCUACGCAAAGACGUCGACUGUCUCGUGUACCUGGCGCAGGAACUCGGCCUCCCCGAGGUAGCCGAGUACUGGCUGUGCGUGAUGCGAGUGAACAAUGCGAUGAACCAUACUAUCGCGCAUCGCCUGGCGUCGUGUCUUCCCGAUAGACCUGGAAACGUGGCUUUGCUGGGGUUUUCAAACGGAGAGGGUACAUUAGCCGGCGUGGGAUUCGUCCGGUCGCUUGUACAACGCGGCAUCCCGGUGCACAUCUACGACCCGUACAUGACCCGACACGAAAUCUUGACAAGCGUGGGUUGUAACACCGGGGUUACAGUGAUGGACGAUGUGCACCAGACGGUAUCCGGAUGUAGUGUGGUGGUACUACAUACAGACCAAGGGUUGGAUCGUGAAGUCAAUUGGGAGACUGUGACUGGACUUAUGCAGCCGCCGCGAUUUUUUCUUGAUCCGUUUCAAGUCAUGGGAAACAUGGAUCAUUACGGGUUUCGAACGUUGCAGACGGAAAGGCACUACAGCAGACCCACCAUCGCAAUGUAG